AUGGUGAGGCAUUGUCAAUGUGGAUAUACUUGCGGUAUCAAGGCCGCCUUGGACCGACACCUGGCGAAAUUUGCCGGCACUGAGUUCGAGCGCGAGCAUGGCCCCAGCUUGCCGGUUCCCAGCUUGCCAGCCAGAGGAGUGCGAAGUGCUCCACUCUUGGAGUUUGGCAAGGACUUCUAUGAAAGUUCUUUAUGUGAUGACUUGUCCCCCAUUACUCAAAAAGGCAGCCCGUCCGACUGCAUGGGCCGAACAUCGACGAUGGUAACCAUGAAGCCGGCCAUGGCUGACUCGAUGGUCAGACUACUUCUGGUACGUCACGCACAGAGUGCCAACAAAGCACGCGAGCCUGGCUGCCCCGCCGAAGCUGAUCCAGGUUUGACAGAGCUCGGAUUCCGACAAGCAGCUGCACUUGCCGAGAGGCUGGAGAAGGAGCUGAGGUCUGUGAAGCUUCCACACCUCACCCUGGUGUCGAGUCCGAUGAGGCGCUGCGUCUACACCAUCCGGCCAGCAAUCCAGGCUUUGCAGCCCCAGGCCGAGCAUGCUCUCUGUCAUGGUGGAAGUUACGAGUUCGGCUGUGCUGGCAAAGUUCAUCCUGGAUCAAGUCUGCACGAGUUUUUGCAGGAGUUUCCCGAGUUCUCGCCAGUCGGUUUCAGUCCGGAUGGUUUCUGGGACUAUCAGGGAUGCAAUGACAAGGAGACAGAACCCGAAUGUCGAGCGCGAGUCAUGCGGCUUGUCAGCUGGUUGAUGGAAAUCGCGAGAUCUAGAGGUGGACCGAGAGGCCACACCAUCGUCCUGGUGACACAUCAAACCAUAAAUGACCUGUUGUGCAGCAUUCUUCUUGACGGCUCUGCUGCUGUCUGGAAGUACGGGCAAAUCAGGUACCGCCUGCAAAAUGCAGGCAUCACGGAGGUCUUUGUCGCUGGGACCGGAGAAGCACGUUUGGGCGUUCGGAAUGAUGGCGCCCAUCUUCUGUCCAUCAAAUGA